AUGCUGAAAGGAGUGACAAGACUUGUCUCCAGGGUCCAUAAGUUGGACCCUGGACACUUUUUGCGCCUGGGGACCCAGGCACCCCAAAGCCUUGCUGCUCAGCUGGAUAACCAGGUUUCAUUUGAGAGUCCUAGAGCCAUUUCUUGCACCAGUGAGAAUGACCCGGCCAAGCAUGAGGAGAAGCAUGAGGGUCUGCACUACAACUUACCCCUCCAGGAUGUGAAGACUAUUUUCCCCCACGGCCUGCCUUCUCGAUAUGCAAUGCAGAUGAAGACAUUCAAUGAAGCUUGCCUGAUGGUAAGGAAACCAGCCCUAGAGCUUCUGCAUUACCUGAAAAACACCAAUUUUGCUCACCCAGCUAUACGAUAUGUGCUCUAUGGGGAGAAGGGAACAGGAAAAACACUCAGUCUUUGCCAUAUUAUUCAUUUCUGUGCAAAACAGGACUGGCUGAUACUGCAUAUCCCAGAUGCUCAUCUUUGGGUGAAGAACUGCCGGGAUCUUCUGCAGUCCACCUACAACAAGCAGCGCUUCGAUCAACCUUUAGAGGCUUCAGUCUGGCUGAAGAAUUUCAAAACUACAAAUGAGCGUUUCUUGAGUCAGAUAAAAAUUCAAGAGAAAUGUGUCUGGAAUAAGCGAGAAAGCAUUGAGAAAGGCAGUUCUCUGGGAGAAGUAGUUGAACAGGGUAUAACACGGGUGAGGAACGCCACCGAUGCUGUUGGGAUUGUGCUUAAAGAGCUAAAGAGGCAAAGUUCUUUGGGUAUUUUUCGCCUCCUGGUGGCAGUGGAUGGAGUGAAUGCUCUCUGGGGAAGGACCACGCUGAAAAGAGAAGAUAAAAGCCCAAUCGCCCCCGAGGAACUCGCACUUAUUCACAACAUGAGGAAGAUGGUGAGAAACGACUGGAAUGGAGGUGCCAUCGUGUUGGCUUUGAGCCAGACUGGGUCUCUUUUCAAGCCCCGGAACGCCCACCUGCCCCAGGAGCUGCUGGGAAAGGAGGGAUUUGAUGCCUUGGAUCCAUUUAUUCCCAUCCAGGUGGUCAACUACAGCCCAAAAGAAUUUGAAAGCUGUAUUCAGUAUUAUAUGGAAAACAGUUGGCUUCAACAUGAGAAAGCUCAUACAGAAGAAGGUAAAAAGGAGCUGCUGUUCCUAAGUAAUGCGAAUCCUGAGCAGCUGGAGCGGCUCUGUGCCUACCUCUAG